UUAGUUGCACUGUGCUCGGCAUGGAUUGAUAAAUUACAGCAGGAAUGCUUUUUUCCAUAGCCCAGUUUGGCAUUAAUCCUGACUGGUCCAGGCUAUUUUUCACAACAACAACAACGAUAAUAAUAAUAAGUAUUCGCAGUGGUUGAUUUGAAAUGUUGAUGACUAAGCUAAUGCUUUUUUCUCGCUGUUCUCCCCAGUAACAUUGAGGUGGACGGCUCACGUGCCUCCGUCCUUGAUUGGCGUUGCUAUGGAGACAGUUGCUAUGUGACGCUUGUUGAUAUCCAGGAAGAAGCUAAGCAAAAGAAAGAUAGAAAUGGAUGAUAGCCUUCUUGUCGGAGAUACGGGAGUUCAGAAAAAUGUUACAAAGACAGGACGAAGGGCUCGCCUUGCAGCAGGACAGACAUCGUUUGAGGAGGUUCGGCACCCGAGGAAGUCCUCCUCAUCUGCUUCCAUGGGAGAAGAUGAGGACGAGGGCCCCCCUCCUAAACCAGCCCGGAGGCAGGGAGGCUGGGCUGAAGAAAGUUCUGGAUCUGGCUCUGCCAAAUCUUCAAGAAGACCUGCAGCUGAGGAUCUGGAAGACCGCCGCCUGCAACCACAAACUCCCCAGGGCUCAGAUGAUGAAGGAGAUAUCCCAGUGAUUCCAGAUCUUGAAGACGUACAGGAAGAGGACCUCACCAUGCAAGUUGCAGCUCCACCGAGCAUUCAAGUGAACCGGGUAAUGACCUACAGAGAUCUGGACAAUGACCUGAAGUACUACUCUGCCUUCCAGACCUUAGACGGAGAGAUUGACUUAAAGCUCCUCACCAAGGUUUUAGCACCAGAGCAGGAGGUGAGAGAGGAGGAUGUGGGGUGGGACUGGGAUCAUCUGUUUACAGAGGUGUCCUCAGAGCUGCUGACGGAAUGGGAUCAAGGAGAGAAUGAGGAGCAGGCCGCGAAGCCUAUAACAUGAGGAGGUGUGGACUGUGCCUCCAUUGGGAAUUGGGUGCUUUUCUGUUGCUCACAGAAGGGACAAGUUUGGUUACGGUCACUUUAAUUAGUGUUUGUAUCCAGAGUUUAUUUUUUUGUAAAAUGUACAUAGCUCCUGCUUUUUAAAAAUAAAUUUCACAAAUUGCAUUUUGCAUUGUUUUGUCUUUCCCUACCACUGUCACAUUGUUCAGUUUUCGUUGAACUUAAAUUUUACUUGUUUGUUUAACUUAAACAGCUAGAAGGCAAACUGACUUUUAUUUUAAAAAGCCCCCCUGAAAAUAGCUGGCACAGAUAAAAAUGUCCUCUCUGUACUGCCAGCAUUAUCAACCCCCUCAUACAAGUCCAAGGUUGAUAAUCAGCUAAGCUGAAAUCCAGUUGAUUGUGUUCAAAUUAACAUUCCUCAUUAAAGCCUACAACCUUA